AUGCCACCACUACAGAAUCUAGAAGAGUCUUCUAAAGAAGAGGACGAAGAUAUACCAACUUCGUCUACACAAAGCACUAAAAAACCUUAUAAGGAUUACGACGCAGGACACCGAUCUCUGCCUACACUAGCUGUGACAGCUACUCCAGAUCCAGACAAUUAUAUAGAAUAUUACCACAGUUCUACACCUACUCUAGAAACACAGCUAUCUACUCGCAUAUUAAGAAAACGAAAGCGACGCGACUUAAUAGAACAAUUAGUGGACACAAAUGCUGCGGCAAAUCGCGAACUUAUUAACAGUAAUCUACGCCGUUCACACAUACUACUAGAAGGAGUAGUAAGAUCUAGGAAGCCUACACGUAAAAGUAGUAGCUUUUUUGAUCGAGUACUAUACUAUAACGCCUCCAUCUCUACUAAUACAGCACAUAUUAAAGAUUAUCAAGAACUAGACUUCUAUAGUACGAUAGAUGCUUUGUACGCUGACCAUAAGGCUACAAGGAAGAGCUUGUAA